AGCUCACGAAAAACACACGCCAUCUUUUUGGCCACGUUCUACGCGAGAUUCAAAAGUCUUCCGGUAGUGUGUGCACUUUGGUUGGGGAUAACACCAAACUGUCAUCUCUAAAUCCCCCAAAAUGAGCACUGUAGAAUCAUACGGGCCUGCUUCACAAACUCUCACUUUCUUAGACACUGAGGAAGCAGAUUUUGGCGCCGACACACAAGGAAGUGAGUACGAAUUUCACGACUUUACAGUCCCUUCGCAGACACAAACGCAAUCACAAGCGUCGCAACCAGAACCAAACCAACCGAUUGUGCUAAACGGAACCGUCAUAGAGAAGAAAGAAAAUGUCCUAGCUAACGGUCCAGCCAAUUCCGAAGCUAAAGACGGCGUCUCUAAGGUAGCGAACUCUUUGGGUGAGCUGAACUUCGAAGAAGAAGAAGACGAGACUUUUUACCAAAAAGAUCUCCCAGCACAUGCUUGCAGGUACUGUGGGAUCCACGAUCCAGCGUCUGUUGUGAUGUGCAUUCAGUGCAAGAAAUGGUUUUGCAAUGGACGUGGUAACACUUCUGGAAGCCACAUCAUCAACCACUUGGUUCGUGCCAAACACAAGGAAGUCACCCUUCACAAGGACGGGCCUCUUGGCGAGACAGUCCUGGAGUGCUAUAACUGCACAUGCCGUAAUGUGUUUCUCCUCGGCUUCAUCCCAGCCAAGGCUGACUCAGUGGUUGUGCUACUUUGCCGGCAACCUUGUGCCACGCAAAGCAGUCUGAAGGACAUGAAUUGGGACCAGACACAAUGGCAGCCCCUCAUCAAUGACCGCUGCUUCUUGUCAUGGCUCGUCAAGGUUCCGCCGGAUGAAGACCAGUUACGUGCGAGACAGAUCUCUGCUCAGCAAAUCAACAAGCUUGAAGAGUUGUGGAAGGAUAGUCCAGACGCAAAACUGGAGGAUCUUGAUAAACCAGGAGUAGACGAUGAGCCUCAGCUUGUGCUUUUGAGGUAUGAGGACGCUUACCAGUACCAGAAUAUCUUUGGUCCUCUGGUCAAGCUUGAAGCCGACUAUGACAAGAGGCUCAAGGAGUCACAGACCCAAGGGGAUAUUGUUGUCAGAUGGGACAUCGGCCUGAACAAGAAGAGAAUUGCUUUCUUCACCUUCCCCAAGACCAAUGAUGAGAUGAGACUAAUGCAGGGUGACGAGUUGCGGCUGCGGUACCUUGGAGAGCUUCACAAACCAUGGCAGGGUGUUGGCCAUGUCAUCAAGAUACCAAACAACUUUGGUGAGGAGGUUGGCAUUGAGCUGCGCAGUAACGUUGGUGCCCCUACUGAGUGUACACACAACUUUGUUGUGGAUUUUGUGUGGAAAUCAACAUCAUUUGAUAGGAUGCAGGCUGGCAUGAAGACGUUUGCUGUAGAUGAGACAUCUGUCAGUGGGUAUGUCUACCAUAAGCUGCUCGGCCACGAAGUGGAGGAGCAGAUGGUCAAGUGUCAACUGCCCAAGAGGUUCUCUGCUCCUGGUUUGCCUGAGCUAAAUCACUCCCAGGUGUACGCCGUCAAGACAGUGCUGCAAAGGCCACUUAGCCUCAUCCAGGGUCCUCCAGGAACUGGCAAGACUGUCACCUCUGCCUCUAUUGUACACCACCUGGCCAAGCAAAACAAUGGCCAAGUGCUUGUGUGUGCACCCAGUAACAUUGCUGUUGAUCAGUUGACUGAGAAGAUCCACAAGACUGGCCUGAAAGUGGUGCGACUUUGUGCCAAAAGUCGGGAAGCCAUUGACUCCCCUGUGGGGUUCUUGGCUUUGCACAACCAAGUGCGCAACAUGGACAGUGUCCCAGAGCUGCAGAAGCUACAGCAAUUGAAGGAUGAGCUUGGGGAGCUGUCUGCGACAGAUGAGAAGCGUUAUCGCACCCUGAAGAGGAACUGUGAGCGUGAACUCUUGCAGCAUGCUGACGUGAUCUGCACCACCUGUGUGGGUGCCGGAGACCCUCGUCUGUCCAAGUUCCGCUUCAGGACUGUCUUGAUCGAUGAGUCGACACAGGCCACUGAGCCCGAGUGCAUGGUUCCUGUGGUGCUGGGCUGCAAACAGCUCAUCCUUGUGGGUGAUCACUGCCAACUUGGACCUGUUGUCAUGUGCAAGAAAGCAGCCAAUGCUGGCCUGUCUCAGUCCUUGUUUGAGCGUCUCGUGGUGCUGGGGAUCCGGCCAAUCAGGCUGCAAGUCCAGUACCGUAUGCACCCUGUCCUCAGUGAAUUCCCCUCCAAUCUCUUCUACGAUGGCACCCUCCAGAAUGGUGUGACACUGGCUGAGAGACAACAGCCUGGGGUGGACUUCCCUUGGCCCAUACCGGACAAGCCAAUGUUCUUCUACACCACCAUGGGUCAAGAGGAGAUUGCAUCAUCUGGCACGUCUUAUCUUAACAGGACUGAAGCUGCUAAUGUGGAGAAAAUAGUGACACGAUUCCUGAGAGCAGGUAUCAAGCCAGAGCAGAUCGGUGUCAUUACACCAUACGAGGGGCAGAGGGCAUACAUUGUGCAGUACAUGCAGUUCAGUGGAUCCCUCCAUGCCAACUUAUACAUGGAGGUAGAAGUCGCUAGUGUGGAUGCUUUCCAGGGAAGAGAGAAGGACUACAUCAUCUUGUCCUGUGUCAGGUCCAAUGAACACCAGGGAAUUGGCUUCCUCAACGAUCCGCGGCGUCUGAAUGUCGCACUGACCAGGGCCAAGUAUGGUAUCAUUGUAAUUGGGAACCCGAAAAUCCUUUCUCGGCAACCCCUGUGGAAUCACUUGUUGAACUACUACAAGGAGAACAAGGCUCUUGUAGAGGGUCCUUUGAACAACUUGAAGGAGAGCAUGAUUCAGUUCAGUAAGCCCCGCAAGCUGGUCAACAGGACCAAUCCGGGUGGUCGUUUCAUGAGCACUACAAUGUUCGAUGCCCGUGAGGCUCUCAUCCCAGGAGGCGUCUAUGACAGGCAGAUUCCACGCAUGGACCCAGCUGCCUUCCAUGACAACUACUACCGCACCCAUGAUAGGCUUGGCUACAUUGGGUCAGAGCGUGGCAUCCCACCGGCAGCAGCAGCCAGCAUCCCUGUACCAGUUGGGAUGUUCAUACCACCCGUGCCCCCGCCCCAUCAUCAUUCCUAUUUCGGACAGCCGAUGGGUCGCAUGCCUCAUGGAGGGCGUAUGCCUCAGCAGCCACAGCGCCCACGUGGACAGCGCCAGCCCCAGCCACAUAUGCCGUACCAUCACCACAUCCCGGCCAGCCAGGCAAGCCAGGACGCGUCUCAGCCACUGUCCCAGGGGCCACUGACCCAGGGUGGCAUGUCAAUGAGUCAGCCAAUGGCUUCACAGCCCCUCUCGCAGCCUGACCUAUCCCAGGACAGCUACAUGGGUGACGACUUCAACCUGAAGUCCCAGGCCGAUGCCGUCCUCUCUCAGGACUCCACGUAUCAGGGAGAUCGCGGCGGCUACCUCAACUCGCAGCCGGACUACGCGUCCCAGCCGAACUACGCCUCACAGUACUAGUACUGCUUCCCAAGCAGUCCCCGAGGCCCGCUACCAUCGGCGGCCGCCGGGAUCUCCGUGGCGACAUCGCCAUCAGUGCCAUUUGGAGGAGAGAAGUGAUGCGCAUGGGAGGAGUCCAAGGGCGAGAACAGUGGAGGGAAUGAAGCCCCCUCAGCUUGCUGUGCGCGAAGCAAGCGAAAGUUGUCUCAAGAUGUUAUCCCUCAAGAAGUUCCUACCCCGUGAAUUGGGGUCUUGUGCGACGUUGAGUUCGCACUGGUUUUGUUUUUAAAAUGUUCCUGAUAAUCUCUGGACCGAAUACUACUUUUCAGUCUUACUUCACUGUUAAAAAGCAAUCGGCAGCGACCUCUUGCUCAUAUUGCAAUGUGUGCGGCUUUGUUAUCUAGGCCAAGAAUAUGCAACUCGUGAAAGAAACGAUGAGAUUUUUCCAGUGUCUUUGCUUUAUGUUAUCUUUGGGCAAACCUACAAUGUAAAUCGUGGACAUGUUUUUGGCUUCUUGUCAUCUUUGGGUAAUUCUAUGGAGUUUGUUGAAGAAACAGUGAACUUUGCCCUCUGUCUUCUAGUCUUAAUAUCCUGACCGUAACCUCGGUAUUAAUUUUUCGGAUGUGAGGUCAUAUACUCGGGACUUCGUUGAAUACUUGAAGCAUUGGAUUACGAAAUGCAUGUGACCCACGUCCAUGAUCUGGGUGGGAAUGCCAGGCGCGGUGUUCAAGAGAACGGACCAAGGCAACUAUUUACAAGGACGACGUUUACUCAGAUAGACAUUUAAAUAAAGCAAUUCUAUUGGAGAAAGUUUAAGCGAAUGUAAAGGUAAAAGAUUCUACGUGAAGUGCUGAAUGGAGUAUGAUAGUUUACGAGAAUUAAAGGCCAAUGACUUGCCGGAUUUAAUAGUUUAUUCGAAAUGUUUGGUGAAUAGGCAAAUACGUUUGAUUCCUCGCUAUAAUGAUGUUGUUUGAUAUAACAAAGUAACACGCGGCCAAGGUUUUAAAAGUGAACUAGCCACGAGCAGCAGCAGAGUGGACGAGGUCGCGCGUUCUUUGGGUGAGAGGCCGGUGAAAAGCUCUCCUCUUUUUUAUCCCUUUCGCUCCCCUAUAUACUACUGUGUGCACUCGAUACAUUGUUGUCACAUCGACUAUUUGGACUUGUCUAUUUACGGCUACUCAUGAUUUUCAUGUUAGUGCAAAAUGUAGUUGUAGUAUGGUUCAUAAAAAGGAUCCUCGAUUAGAAGAUUCACUGGAUCGAGAAGAGAUUGACUAGUGUCCACUGUCUAAAUCUUGAAUAAAGUCUUCAUCUUAAAACGA